AUAGAAAAAACGAAAAUAUAGCAUAGAAAGAUCUCUCACACAAGUUUCUUCUUCGGCGAUCUGUUCGGCUGAUAAACCAAUUUGUUUAUUUGCUUUUCUUCUUCACCUUUCUAAAAAUUUCUCAAUUCUAAAUCUUUCUGUGGGUUAUAAUUCAUCACAUUCCAAAGAAAAUUCUAAGAUCGUGAAUUAGUUUAAACUUGUGAAUAAGACACGCAAAAAGGAACAACUUUUUUUGUUUUAAUUAAACCAAAAAAAAGAGACACAAUGGACAGUUUGUGUUUGAACAGCGGCUUACACGGCGUUAUUCCAGCGAUCACGGCGGUUGGAAACGGAGUAAGCGGUGGAGUUGUUGAAGUCCGAGCUACCGCAACGGUACCAUCUCAAAAGAAAGGACCUUUUGGUUUCUCAUUCAAGUACCCAUUGACGCCCUUCUGGUCACGCGGCGGUGGUGGAGGAAUUGCUUCGAGGAGGCGAAGCGGGUUGUGUUUGGACGACGCCGUUUUGGUUGAUUCUGGCGAUUCGAGGAAGCCUAUCGCUGAGGAGAGGGCUGUGGCGGUGGUGGAUCAUGUCAGGGAGACCGAGAGACGAAAUGGCAGCUGGGUUUUGAAGAUCUUGGAUGUACAAUCUAUGUGGAGAGAUAAUAGAGAGGAUGAUGACGACGAAGAAGAUGAAGCUGAAGACGAAGACGAGGAGGUUGUUGAUUCAGACGACGCCGUAUUAUCUGAAGAUGAUGGUGUAUGCGAUGUAUGUUCGGUUUUGGAAGAUGAUGAUGGUAACGAAGCAAACAAGUUUCAGCUUGAUAGAGAAUCCUUCUCCAAAUUGCUUAGGAGGGUUACGUUACCCGAAUCAAAACUCUAUGCCCAGAUGUCUUAUUUAGGGAACUUGGCUUAUUCUAUUUCUAAAAUCAAGAAUGCGAAUCUUUCGAAAUAUUACGGCCUGAGAUUUGUAACUUCAUCAGCUGAGAAAACAGAAUCCGCGUUAAAACUUGUGGGGAAUGGUGAAGUUUCAUGUGAGACUAAGCCAAAUGAGGAGGUAGAAGAAGAAGUAGUUGAAGAAGAAGAAGUAGUUGAAGAAGAAGAAGAGAAGGACAAAGGUCGCAAGAUUAGUCCUUCUGCUGCUUAUGAGAUUGUUGCAUCAGCUGCUUCUUACCUUCACUCUCGUACCAACAACAUACUCCCUUUCAGUUCUUCAUCUAAAGCUGAGAAUUCGGACAACCCCAAUGAGAAGUUGGCAAAUAUGGAGUCAUCAUCAGAGGUUGCUUAUUCUGUUACUUCUGUUGUUGCUGCUGAGGAAGAGGUGAAGCAAGCUGUUGCAGACGAUUUGAAAUCAACUAUUUCGUCUCCUUGUGACUGGUUUAUAUGUGAUGAUGAUCAGAGUCACACUAGAUUUGUUGUGAUUCAGGGAUCUGAAUCUCUAGCUUCUUGGCAAGCAAACUUACUCUUUGAGCCUAUUGAAUUCGAGGGACUUGGUGCGAUUGUUCACAGAGGAAUAUACGAAGCUGCAAAAGGAAUGUAUGAACAAAUGCUACCUGAAGUUAAAGCACAUAUUAAAACCCACGGGAGCAGUGCUAAAUUCCGUUUCACCGGACAUUCAUUAGGCGGAAGCUUAUCGCUGUUACUAAACCUCAUGUUAUUGGUUCGAGGUGAAGUACCUGCUUCUUCUUUACUCCCGGUUAUAACAUUUGGUGCGCCGUUUGUACUAUGUGGAGGUGACCAUCUUCUUAAAAAACUCGGAUUGCCUAAAAGCCAUGUUCAAGCUAUUGUAAUGCACCGUGAUAUUGUCCCGAGAGCUUUUUCUUGUAACUAUCCGUACCAUGUCGCCGAGCUUCUCAAAGCUGUUAAUGGAAACUUCCGUAGCCAUCCUUGUCUUAACAAACAGAGUAUGUUGUAUUCUCCGAUGGGAGAGCUUCUGAUUCUUCAACCGGAUGAGACAUUCUCUCCAGGACACGAACUUCUUCCUCCUGGAAACGGUUUAUAUCUUCUAACUGGUGAUUAUGAAUCGCCUGAUAAUGAAGACACUGAGGAGAAGCAACGGUUGGUAGCUGCGCAGACAGUUUUCUUGAACACGCCGCAUCCUCUUGACAUUCUCAGCGACAGAUCAGCUUAUGGUUCCAGCGGAACAAUCCAAAGAGACCACGAUAUGAACUCGUAUCUGAAAUCGGUUAGGAGUGUGAUAAGGAAAGAAGUGAACCAGAUAAGGAGGGAGAAGAGGGAGCAUCGCCGGAGUCUGUGGUGGCCGAUUCUGGUGGCUAGAGAAAGCGGGAGCUCAGGGAUUGCGAUCAGUAACGGACAAGUCAACAGUCAGGAUUUCUCAGGGAUGAUGAAGACAGGAAGAAAGUCGUUGCAGAGAUUUAGCCGCCUUGUGGCGUCUCAACACAUGCCUUUGAUCGUUGUUCUGUUGUUUCCGGUUAAGUUGUUGUGCCUUGGAGCUUUCAACGUCUUUAGUUUCCGUUGAAAAAGUUUGAUUUGGCGGGUUUAAAAGGUCGUUUGCUUAUACCGGUUCAGACCGAAUUUUGGUUUGACCGGUUUAGAUCAUUCUUUAUUCAUACAUAAUAUAUAUAUAUAUAUAUAUAU